AUGCAUAAGAAUAUAUGUAUAUAUGGAGGGUCCUUUGAUCCAAUUACAUAUGCUCACGAAAUGGUUCUUGAUAAAAUUAGUAAUUUAAACUGGAUUCAUGAAAUAUGGGUAGUUAUAUGUAGAUGUAGAAAUGAUAAAAGCUUAACAGAAUUUCAUCACAGACAUAACAUGUUUACUAUAAUAAUAAAUAACUCAUCUAAAAUAAUAAAAAGCAAAAUAUUUUUAAAAGAUCUUGAAUCUCAUAGUGAAAUGACUCCAACUUAUCAUUUAUUAAAAACUCAAAAAGAAUUACAUCCUAAUUACAAUUUUUACUUUGGUCUUGGAUCAGAUUUAUUAUGUGAUAUAUUUUCAUGGGAUGAAGGUGAAAAACUAGUGUUAGAAAAUUCAUUUAUAAUUAUUGAAAGAGGUCACUUUAAAAUAGAUGAAAAUCUAUUAAAGAAAUUUCCAAAAUAUUAUUUAAUUAACAUACCCAAAUUAUCUUUUAUUAAUUUUAUUUCAUCAAGUGAAGCUAGGAAAUUUUUAACCAAAGAAAAUGAUAUAAACGAUAUAAAAAAAUAUAUUCAUCCCCUUACUAUUGAUUAUAUUCUAAAGUAUAAGUUAUAUGAUUUUAAUUAG